CGUGUGUGGGAGAAUGAGAACGAGAGAGCUGUACAGAGGAAGUAGGGGAAGAGAGAGGGAGGGAUUAUUUAGUUUUUUUAGGGGCUUGUUACAGUAACAUCAGUAAAGGAGUCAAAUAUGUAGAUCAGGACAGAGCCAGAGAGCUGAUAUCAACUCAGAUUUAGAGAUUGGAGGAAAGAGAAGAGAGCAUUGAGACAGUUUAAACAGUACAGUUAUAACACAUUGAGACAAAAGGAGACAGAAUGGAACAAUAAUACAGCCAGUUUUAGGGUUCAGGGACAACGGUAUUGUGUCCAAGGGGGGAGUUUAGGAAUUUGUUUUUUGGGGGGGACAGGUGGAACGAGUAGCAGUGUCUUGAGGAGUCCAGAGUAUUGUCAGGAGCCAUAUAGAACAACCAGAGAGAUGGGGAAGACAUCGAUAAUAGGAGUCAUCUCUCUUCUGGCUGUUUCUGCAUCCUGGAGCUUAGAAACAGGAUAUAACCACAACAUUUCUGUGAUCUCUCACACUUCCCCUUUCCUCACCUCCAUUGUUCCUCUAGUCCAACAACACGGAGUCAUUGAUGCCAGGAGUGAACAUUUCCACCUGGGGAGUAAUGCCAUCUUAAAGUGCAGCAAUAAGACUUGGAGUGAGAUGAUCUACACCAUCUGGAAACUAAACCUGGAUGGAAUAAUGUGUCAAAUAUCAUCUAGUAAUGAUAACCUAAAUCUGAACACAUGCAAUGAUGGAAAAGCCAUGCUCAACACAUCCAGGGGUGAAUCCUACCUGCAGAUUCCAGGGUUCUCAAAGAGAGAUGAGGGAAUCUACCACUGUGAGUCGGUGUACAAAGCAGGAAGCUACACUUCAAACAUUGAUGUAUCGCUAAUAGCCCCUCCCAGUGUGUCUGCCUGGCUAGAGUGGGAGGGCAGUAGGCAGGUGGCUGUGUGUUUAGCUGAAGGGGGGAAACCAGCUGCCUCCAUCUCCUGGAGUGAAAAAUGGAACUCUACUUCAACCACCACAUUGAACCUAGAUGGCUUCAACAAAGUAGAGAGUCGAUUGGUCCUGCCUGAGGGGAUUGCUACGGGCAACCUGACUUGUGCUGUCAUACAUCCCUCCUGGGAAGAGGUGCAUAUGGUGACACCAGAAAUCUUCAUACCCUGGCGAUUAGUCAUAAUCUCCGUGGGAACUAUAAGCUUCAUCAUGGCUAUUCUGGGGGGUUUAUACUUCACACGAAAACACCCAUGCAGAAUUAGCCCCAAGGCUCCUCAGUCACAGGACUAUGUAGAGGAAGUAGAACCCUACGCCAGCUAUGUACAAAGUGUCAAUUCAAUCUACAACUCCUCUGCAGACCUGUUCACAUAACACACACACACCUCUGCACGCCACUCUGAGAACUUUGAGGUUGAAGAAACUGAUCCAGUAAACAGGGGAAUGACGGAGGACAUGACACAGGGCUUCUGUUACAAAAGGAAAACCUCACAGAUCUGAUCACUCCUGACUGACGUGAGAAAAUGGCCAAAAACAGACAUUUCUACCACCAAAGAGAUGUGGGCAGAUGAGAGAUGAUCUUUCCAGUUUAGCAUUUUCACAAUUUGCACAAUGAGAACUAUGACUUGCUGUGUAGUUAGCACAACUGUAUACCACUGAUCUCAUAACACACGUUUGACUGUUCCCACACUCCUGUCAUCUGCAAAUCAUGGGGAAGAGUGCAAUUUUGAGAUGUUUAAUCAAAAUCUCAAUUUAUAUAAUACUGAUGUGUAAUUACAGUGUUUUUGUUGAGUUUAUAUUUAUGAUUGAAUUUAAAUAUCAAGUUUAUUAUAUAUUAAAAACAGAUUCUUUACA